AUGUACAAAGCCAAACGGGAGGAGCAUUUGGCUCACCUGAUGAAGAUCGCCCAGUUAGAUGACGAAAGAACUAUGAUUGAUCUGGUCACUCGACUUAUCAUUCAGAUUUUAAAGCUUUUGAAGCAAUACCGGUCUGCAUUACUGAAUGCCACCCUGAAACGACCAGACAUGGCGCCCAAUGACACUGGUGCAGCAGAAGGUCGGUUUGCUCAUAAUUACUUCCACUUCACUUCUUUAUGUCCCUCUUCCUACUCCUCAAAAGUUGGAACAGUUCUCCGCCCCACUCAGAGGGUAGUUGUGCAGACCAUUCAGAGCACACUCCUUCUCGAUUGCCUUUAG